CGUGCUAAUCGUUGUGUUUUUGUUUUUAUUUUAAUGGUUGUUUAUCAAAAACUAAAAAAGAUUCAUGUUACGUGUACACGUUAUUUUUAUUAUUAUUAGUUUCCUAAGGCCUAAUGCUUGACAGUACAUCUAACGCUUUUUACUUCGAUGGAGAACAGUUGACACCAUCAGUACAAGAAAUGAGACUAGAGGACAAUGUAUUAUCUUUUUUUGAUAAUCAAGAAUUGGAAGAAAAAUUGUCACUUAACGAACAACCGGCACCACCAACAGUUGACCAUUUCAAUAAUCGAAUCUCAGGGAUUGGUACGUUCACGAUGGGCCUAUCAGAUAACGAUUUGAGAAUGGGUACUGGAGGAGCUGCAACGGGCUCGGUUUUGGGUCUUCCAAAUACUGGUGUUACUAAUACCAUAUCUCAGCAUUGUGCAAUAUGCGGUGAUCGAGCUACGGGAAAACAUUAUGGUGCAGCUUCCUGCGAUGGUUGUAAAGGUUUCUUUAGAAGAUCAGUCAGGAAAAAUCAUCUCUAUUCAUGCCGUAUAUCUAUACUUGACAGAUUCCACAGGAAUUGCAUUGUUGACAAGGACAAACGUAAUCAAUGCAGAUAUUGCAGACUUCGAAAAUGUUUCAAAGCUGGCAUGAAAAAAGAAGCUGUCCAAAAUGAAAGGGAUAGAAUAAGCUGUAGAAGGCCCAGUUAUGAAGAACAAGCUAACAAUACUAGUGGACUAUCUACUAAUACGUUAUUUCAAGCUGAACUGCUUAGUAGACAAGUAGGAUCAACCUUAGAGGCAGCAGUCAACGAAACUGAUCUUAGUACGAAGCAGAUAGCGAACAUAACCGACGUGUGCGAUAGCAUGAAGCAGCAAUUGCUGAUCCUCGUCGAGUGGGCCAAAUACAUUCCAGCAUUUACUGAGCUCACGCUAGACGACCAAGUGGCAUUAUUAAGGGCGCAUGCAGGCGAACACCUACUACUUGGUGUUGCAAGACGCAGUAUGCACCUUAAGGACGUAUUAUUGCUCGGAAAUAAUUGUAUAAUCACCAAAAAUUGUCCUGUAAUAACGUUUUCAACAGAAGGACGUAAUCAAGAAUUGGACAUCAGCAAAGUUGGUUCGAGGGUAAUUGAGGAACUUGUGAAACCGUUGAACGACAUCCAAAUGGAUGAUACCGAGUUUGCUUGUCUCAAGGCUAUCGUGUUUUUCGAUCCAUACGCGAAAGGUUUGAGCGAGCCAACAAGAAUCAAGAACAUACGUUAUCAAAUUCAAGUCAAUCUGGAGGAUUAUAUAAGCGAUCGUCAAUACGAAAGCCGUGGUCGUUUUGGGGAAAUAUUAUUGACAUUGACGGCAUUGCAAUCGAUCUCUUGGCAAAUGAUUGAACAAAUCCAAUUCGUCAGAUUGUUCGGAGUAACACACAUAGACAAUCUUCUGCAAGAAAUGCUUCUUGGUGGUGCAGCUACCGAAUUGAACGGAACUUCAACGCCAAUGCAAAUACCAAAUGCACCUGGAAGUUACGUAAGCAGUAAUGAAAGUCCUACAAGUCCGUUGACACCUUCUAAUAUUGCUGGUGGUCCAAUAAGUCCCCAAGAACAAAUAUUAUCAGCUGCCAGUCCUGUUCUUAUCAUUAGGGAUCUCGUAUCUAUCGGAGGACAGGAAGAUGUAAGCUCAGUUAGUGGUUUCAGAUUAUUUAAACAGGAACCUAAUCUUGAACCUGAAUCAACCUUCUGACUAGAUCAGGAAGAACUUAUUUAGUAAACCGAUUUUUUCAUUUUAUUCUCCUUCAUAUACAACGUUCGGAAAAUUAUUUAAUUAUACCUUUCCUAUAUUCAUCGAUCAUCACACGUGGAUGGAUGGUUUCAAACAAUUUUCUUUCGCGGUCUAAUUAAAAAAUAGAUUUAUUAUUUCUUUUUUUUUUUUCAUAUUCCAAACUUUUCAAUCCAUCCACGUAUAAUUUUACGCGUACGGAAUUUUAGAUGCUCGUAAUUUGUAGAUCUAACGCGAAAGAAAAGUAAUUAAAUACUUUUCUGUGCGUGUUACACUCAAAGAUCAUUCCCUUUUGAUAGAAAAGACAUCUUUCCUUUUUUUUAUAUUUGUUAGCAAUCAAACGGAAAGGUUUUUAAAAGAUGUAUUAUUAUCGAUCAUCGAAUUACAUGUUUACUUUAUUACGAACAUUGAAUCACGAACUACGAUAAUCUUCAAGGCCGUCUUCGAAAAAAAAAAGAAAAGGAGAAAAAAUGUGGAUUAAGAAAUAUUAUUUCAAAUCGAAAAGAGAUAAGUUUUUUACGAAAGUGACGUGAAUUAUCUAUAAGAGAUAUCGAACAACGAAAAUUGUUUAUCUCGUUUCCCGUAUCUAUCGGACAUAAUCGAAGAUGUGAGUGGCACUCUUCUUUUUCUAUUUUUUGUUUUUUCUUCGUUUCUUUUUCUUCUCUUUUUCUUUUUUUACAAUAGCUCAGUCAGUUAUGGCCGUCUUUUUAUUUUUCAAAUUAAAUUCCUCACCUGUAUAAAUAACGAUCGAUCAUUGAAAAGAUAAACGGGAUAAGAGAUAAGAUUGCAUCUCCGUCAUAAGCUGACGCCAUUUAAACGGACAUUGUUAAUCUUUUAAACUUCUUCCUUUUUCUCUUUUUUUUAUAUUCUAUUUCUCUUGAAUGAAAAAUAGUAGAAUAAGAAUUGGUAAUUAAUAAUCAAGCUAAUGAACGAUGAAAAACAUUUUUACGGUUAAUAAAAGAUGGUAUCGAAAUGUAUACAAUUCUAAUGAGACGUGCAAGAACCAAAUAUGUGAUCAUUUUUCUUUAUUAACGUCUCUUGACAAAAAAAUAUUAUAUUUUAAAUACUUUAUAUAUAUUUUGUUGCAUGUGAUUUUAAAAAUUUUGAAAUAUAUUUUUUAUAUAAUUUCGUCUAUAAUUUUAAUUAAAAAAAGAAAUACUUUUGUUAUAAAUAUAUAUCAAAUUUUUAUAUACAUUACUGGAAUUACUUAGUUACGUCUUUUAAAAUAUACAAAACAUACAAAAAAAAAAAAAAAGAAAGAAAAAUAAAAUAAAAAUAACAUAAAGAAACCAAAAAAAACAUGAAGAAAAAAAAUUUUGUAUUAAACGUUAAAGACUAUAUUUUUGUAAAUUUAAAAUUUUGAAACUAUUAAAUUUUAUGCAUGUAUAUAUAUAUUUAUAUACGUAACUAAAUAGAAUUGUAUGCAUAAACAUUGCAUUCAUGCUCGCAUAAUUAUUUAAAAAUCUUUUACUAACUAUUACUACGUUAACUUUUUCUCAUUAUUUUAUAUUUUUCUUUAAUAAACUAAUGCCAACAUUUAAAUAAUUAGAAAACUUUGAAACAUCACGGUGUUCACAAUAAGAACAUAUAUACCUCGUAUGUGCUUUGAUUAUUAUUAAUUGAAAAAAAAUCACAUUCCAAACGUAAUAAUAUUAAGAUAGAUUAAAUUAUAUUUAAGUAAUCGUUAAAUAAUUCAAAGGAAAACACGUGCAAAAUAUAUGCAAAGUGUUUUUCUUUGAAAAUAUAACAAGCCAUUACAAUGCAAUUUCUAUUAAUAAUGCUGUUAAACUAUACAUAAAUGUAUUGAUAAUCUCCUGGAAGAUAAUCGAUGCCUUAUAAACAGAGAGUCAAUGCAUUUUGUUAAGAUCAUUUCCAAAAAAAUAUCUAUAUUAACAUAAUGGCCGGAUAAAAAGCAAUAGUAUAAUAUAUAUAUAUACUUUUAUAUAAUUAUUAAAUCAAUUAUUAUAUGAUAGACAUAUGUUUCAUCAAAUGAAGGUGUGUUUGUCAGAUACACUUAUAAAAUCUUAGAAAAAACAUGAAUGAUGAUAUUCUAAAUACUGCUACUAUGCAAUAAUGUGAUAAUGAUAUUUAAAAGCACGAUACGACGCAAUAUUCCUGUUGUUACCGAUAUUGUAGUUAUUUAAAUAUUUUUUCAUAUAAAAGAAUGAUAACUUUAAUGCCACAGAACAGUGGUAUGCAAAUUGUUAAUACUUGUUGACAUGAUUGAUAAAAUGUCUACAAGUAUCGUCGCUAUGAAUUGUUUUGUUAUAUAAAUUAAUUUAAGGAUAGUCAUAAUAUCAAUUUAUUAGUGUAUGUUCUUAUAAAGUUUAUGAAAAUUUAAUUAAUUCAUACUUUGUGCACCAUUGUUGAAAAAUAUUACAUUAUAAUAGUUGAUUUUUUUAAAAAAUGCAUAAUCUAUUCUGUAUAGUAAUUUACAGCAAUUACGUUAUUAAUUUCUUAGAUUAUAAAAGAAUAUUCAUAUAUGUAUAUGUUUACUCCUACAUCAUAAAUAUAACUCUAUUAAUUUAAGAACUUAAUAAUAAGCUAAGUAUAUUUUGUAUUUUUGUACGAAAAGAUUUUAUGAACGUCGACUUUUGUAAGGUAUGAUACAAAUAUAGAAUUAAAAUAAAAGUUUUGUCAAUUGCAUAUAGCUAAUGCAUGUCUAUAAAUGGCAUGAAAGUUAUUUUAUGGCUUAACAUGAGGUAUAUAUAUUUUAACAUUACUUAGUUAUGGGUUGUGAACUAGACAUUACCAUUUUCCAUUGCCUGAGUCUUUUUAAUAUUGUUGACAGUUCAAUGGUUGACUGAUUUCGUACAAGAAAUGUAAAUACAAUUUUUAUUUGUUAUUUAAUAAUUAAACUAUAAGCAUUUGUAAUUUUAAAUAAAGGAAUAUGUCUUUAUUAGU